ACAUACAUAACCCAAACACGAGAACCUGUCGAAAAUCAUGCACGUCGCGAGUUCCAAUACAAUCGAAAGUCAUGAUUUUUAUCUUACUUAACGAAUUCUAGAACCGCUCAUUUAAAAAUUUGCCCAUAACGAAUGAAAUUUGGACUUUUUUCUGGUCAGUUUUAUAAGAAUAGCGUGUUUUGAGAUUUUUCAAAAUGGCGGAGUUUGUUUGUAAAGGAAUGAGAUUCGGGUAACUUUGCGCCUCUUUUGCUUAGUAUUCCCAAACACUUGCCUUUCGGUUGAGAGAUUUAUUUGGCUUAAAUGGGUACAGGAAGCUCGUUGGUACCAAAUGGAGAUUCUGAUGAUGAUUUGGCCGAGGAUGAAUUAGGCGAAGAGCUUGGAGUUCUAAAGAAUAUUCCCGUCGAAUGUUCGGCUCCGCAACGAAAGUCUGUGAGUCUCACAAAUCCUCUUCGUUCGGUUGGGUCUUUUGGAAAGAAGAAAAGUUCAAGUUCCAAAGGAAAGAUUAUCACGAAAAGCUCAAGUCUGCGUUCUGCUCUUUCGUUUGACUUCGAUAGCGAAGUUGAUAAACUUCGAAAAGAGUACGAAUUCUUUCGUUUUAGUAAGCAGGACGAAGUAACGGAGUUGCAAGUGGCGAAACAAAAACUACAAAGUGAGAACAGAAGACUUAGAGGUGAACUAAAAGUUCUACAGGCAACUUGCCUCAAGCUAAGAAAUGAGAGGGAGAUCGGUCUAGAGGCCGAAGAGCAAGCAUUACAAAGAGCACUGGCUUUCGAAAAAGAAAGAGACAAAGUUCAGCGUCAGUUCAAAUUAUACAGAGAAACUAAAGAAAAGGAAAUUCAAGAACAUCUGCAAAGCCGCCGAGAACUGGAAAAGAAGAUUCAACACAUGCUCAAUGUACAUGGUUUGGAUGUCGCUAAUACUGAUGGAGACUUAAUGGGAGAAGGAAAUAAUGUGACCAAUGACUGGUGGAUGUCGUCAUUAGGAAGUGAACAAAGUCUUGAAGAACUAAGUCAGGCUAGUAUUCUUCAUGGCCCUGAUUAUAGUCAAGCUAUUAUGGAGAGAGAUGGUGCCUUUACUACCGUUAGCAGAGAUGACUGGAAUGCAGCAUUACUACAACCAUCAUCAGCAAACAUACAGAAACCAUUAGAAUCUCCAGUGAUCAGGAUCUACAUGUCUGCACCCAAAGAGAUGGCAAAAGAAAUGAAAACUUUUAAAGAGAUAUAUUUGGAAAAGCUUGAGUCAAUGUGUGAAGAUAAUGGAUAUUUUGUGGUCUUGAUACAUUUGGAAGAAAGUGGAGAAACACUUAGUGAGGAGGAAUUCAGUGAAUUGCUCCACCUUAGGCAGGACCAAAUAAAGAAAUGCAAAGUUUUUCUUGCUUUUCUUGGGAGAAAGUCUAACAAAUUUACCUAUGACGAGUUUCAACAUGGACAUUUAGCAAAUCCAGAGAAGAAUUAUGCCAUAUUCUGUUUUAAAAAACCUAAGAAGGACAGCAGUUUUCUUGUUGAUGAUGAAACUAUUAAUAUGACAGAAGGAAUAAAGAAGGAAGUAAGAAAAUCAAAGAAUCUAAAGUUAUUUGACAAUUUUGAGAAUGCAGAAGAAGGAGCGCAGUUGGCAUAUGUUGAAAUAUCUAGAUAUCUUAAAAAGAUAAUGGAUGUAUCAGAUGGUAAUAACACUAUGAGAGAUACUGAUAAGUGGGUAGAUCCCUAUGGAUUCCAUUCCCUGGAUGAACAAGAACAAUUAGAAGCUCUCAAGGCAGCAGCUUAUUGUCCAUAUGACAUGGACUUUACAAAGUAUUUCAGUGAGUUAAAUGUUCAUUUAUCAAGCACAGGACUUCUAUUUCCCAUGCUAGUCAUGGGUACUGAGGGCUCUGGCAAAUCUCAUCUUCUAGCCAAGUGGAUCAAUCUACAGCAGACCAGUAUGCCAGGUCGUCUAAUGUUGUAUCAUUUUGUGGGCACAUCAUCUUCAUCUUCUGCCUGUCCUAUUUUGAUGCUGAGGAGACUAACUUUGAAGUUGAUGCGCUACAUGACAGCUUCUAAUAAUCUACCAAGUGACCCUGUCAAUUUGGAAGAGGAAUUUCUUCGUUGUUUGGAGAAAGUUUCUUCAAAAGUGCAAGGAGGAGUAACAAUUGUGAUUGACUCUGCCGACAGAUUACAGGACUUGAACAGUCAUAUGCAGUGGUUGCUAGACCCUCUGCCUGUUGGCACUCGAGUUAUCCUGUCCGUCAACAGUAACACCUGCCCACAGGCUUGGAAGCUUUGGCCAACAUUAAACAUCCAAUCGAUAAUAUUCACUGAAUCUAAAAAAGCUGAUAUAAUUGCUGCUUUCUGCAAGAAAUCAGUUCAGGAUCUGGUGUCUAAGGCAGUAUUAGAUUGCUCAUCCGAUGCAGUUCGUAACCCUAGGUUUUUAUAUUUGCUGGCUUCUGAGAUUAACAGUUGUAGGAAAAAUAGCACUGAAUUUAUUGAACAAAAACUGGCGAAAUGUUUAUCUAUGAAGGACAACUUGGAAUUGUUGCGUCAUAUCCUUGAAAUGACUAGUCAAAACAGUACUGAUACGAGCGAAAAGCUGAAGCAAAUCUUACAGCAUAUUGCCUUAUCAAGGAAUGGCCUAACAGAGUCUGAGAUAUUUAGCCUAGUUCCCAUGGGAUGGACAGAGUGGCUACAGUUGCUUACUUUGCUUCAGGACAAGCAUAUAGUUACCACACGUGUGGGGCUCAUCGUACUGGAAAAUCAACAGAUACACGACGCCAUCUCUGUGUUUUACCGUCUAGACGAGGAUGCAACAGAAACUAGAGCAGUACAACAAAGACUUAUAUCAUUCUACAAUAGCAAAAUAAGGAAAUGCCGYGUAACACAUCGCCUUAUCGAUGAGAUGCCGUGGCUGCUUCAGCAAACUUCUCAGAAGGAAAAACUAAAAGAUUGUCUCUUGGAUAUGAAUGUCUUUACGAGAUUCUUUGAAAGAGGUCGUGUUUGUGAGUUGGUCCAGUAUUGGAAAUACAUUGGUGAGGAACAAUCUCAUCUUGGCAAACUUUAUCUGGGAGUUAUCAACAACAUGGAAGGAGUGAGUGAGGACCCAUCUGCAAGUGUAGCUGAGUUGUUUGUAGCUGUUGGACUGUUUUUGAAGUGCUUAGGAUUAUUAAGCCAGGCAGCUCCGCCGCUCCACAAAGCGUUAGAGAUCCGAGAAACUGUUUUAGAUCCUGACCAUCCCCUUGUAGCUCAUUCGCUUCAUCAUCUGGCCGAGCUUUACGCCCACUGGGGCAAUUUCAGUGCUGCGGAAGCAUUUUACAAACAGGCAAUUGAAAAUACUCAGAACAUAUAUGGACUUGAGCACCAUUCUCUCGUAAAAGACCUUGAAGGUUUGUCAUUAUUGUACAAGAAAAACGAAAAGUACAGCUUAGCAGAAGUUCAUCACAAACGAGCGAUGUCCAUUCGACGAAAAACUGGAGCAAUGGCUGAGAACCAGAAUCUGAAGCAAAAGAUGCUGCAGGUUGAAGAACUUGUCCUUGGUCCUGCAAGUAGUGAAGUUGCAAAAUCCCUGAAUGAAUUAGGAGUUUUACUCUACCUUCAAAAUAACCACGAAGCUGCCCAGUCAUUUCUUCAGCGUGCUCUUGAUAUGCGGGAAGAAGUUCUAGGUAAAGAUCACCCAGAUGUUGCUCAGUCGCUUCAUAACCUUGCUGCUCUGCACAACGAUCUUAAAAUGGGUGAAAAAGCAGAACCAUUAUAUGAAAGAGCUUUGGAGAUUCGUAUGAAGACCCUACCACCGCACCAUGCGAGUCUAGCAUCCACAGUAAAACAUUUGGCCGUUUUGUACAGAAAACUGGGCAAGUAUGCUAAAGCUGAACCACUUUACAGACAAGCGCUUGAAGCUCGUGAGAAGGUGCUUGGAGAAAACCAUCCAAGUGUUGGAACCGCACUGAAUAACCUGGCUGUUGUGUUAUGUCUUCAGAACAAACAAUCUGAGGCACUACCUUUGUAUGAACGCGCCCUGCGAAUUUAUGAAGAAAGACUGGGUACGAAUCACCCUCGAGUUGCAGAAGCUCUUGUCAACCUUGCCAAGUUGUAUUAUGAUCAGGGUUUGCACGAGACAGCUGUUCGUUUUUAUAAACAAGCAAGUGAUAUACAGAACCGAGAGUCUCACCUUUCACCACGUACACGCCCAAACUCUGUGGGAGCGUUUGACAGCACUUGCAAACGUCCAUCAUCGUUUUGUCGCCCUGACGCCAUGUCUGUAGGAUAGGGUACUCCAUCUUUAAAAUAUACUUACGACAACAAUGACGCCUUUUACUGGUACUUCUUCAUUAGUUGAGCAGCCGGCACUUGAUUCUACUCUUUUGCGUGCUAUACAUUUCUAGAUAAGUGGCUUCAUGUCUUACUUAUCUUGAUUGUAUAUUCACUUCUUCCCCGUUGCUCCGCCCCCCUCUUGCUCGUCGAAGUUCCGUACAACGUUUUGACGUCUUCAAAUGGGAGCGACUCUUCUUUUCCUAUAUAACUGGCUUUUCUGGUAUAAUUUAUUUUUAUGAAUUAAAUUAAUUUAUAUUAGUUCACUUCUUUAAACAAUUGAAAUAGUAUAUGUCAAUUACUUCAGGAUUUGAUUAAAACAAAAUAUUACAAAUAUUUCAGCUCAAAACUUUAAAAAUUAUCAAAUAAAGAGGGUUUAAAGUGAACCUUUAAAAAAUCUAAACUAUACUGACGUAAAAUACUAAUAUGCUACUGAAGCAUAAAUGAAUAACAAAUUUUAUUCAAUUUUUUAAAAGCGACAUUUUGGAAAAUCUUGUAAUUUUUGCAAUAUAAAUUUUAUGUAUAUACAUAAUUGAUUGUAAAGUAUUUAUUCUCAUAAACUAACUUAAAAAUUACCACUUUACGGCGGCACUCAAGUAGCCUCUGAUGGUAAAUAAAUUUCUUUUCGAUACUUUAUAAAACACGAUAUAUUCGACUUGUGUAUUUUUUAAUUAAGUAGAAAAAAUUUAAAAUUUCAUAAAUUAUAUUUUACGAAUCUUUAGAUUAAAGAGCCCUUGGACUCACGAUUAGUGCCCGUUUGCUCCCUAGUUUACUUAUCAAACGACAGCGCAUAUAAAUGUUUUAGUAGACUUUCAUUCUCGAGUAUAGCCAAUUCCAGAUUGAAGAACCCUCAGGUCCUGUCCACACGUAUCCGGAAAUUUUUGUAUCCGGAAAUUUUUUUUUGCGGAUACGAAAAUGUUCGUAUCCACACGCAGGGUAUUCAAAUCGUUUUCGAAUCGUUUUCACUGUCCACACGUAUCCGGAAAUUUAUUGAUCCGCCCUGAUGCACGCUAGUGCCUAGUCCCUUUGACGGAUAGUUUUUCUAAUUGAGCAUGCGCAAAGUCGUGUUUACGUCAGCAUAUUCGAAAAUUUGAGGAUACGACCGUCCACACGUAUCUGUAUUCGGAGCGUAUUCGAAAAUUUCCACUCUGGAGACCGUUUCGAAAAUUUGCGGAUACGGGCACAAGAAUUUCCGGAGACGUGUGGACUCAACCCGUAUCCGCAAAAAAAAAAUUUGCGGAUACGAAAAUUUCCGGAUACGUGUGGACGGGGCCUCAGACUCAAUAAUAGUCCCCGUAUGCAUCCUGGUUCGCCUAUCAAACGACAGCGUAUAGAAUAGUUUUUACUAGUCUAAUAAAAAGAUAUAUAUUUUCGUCAGACGUCAAGACGUCAACAUGAUAGAUACCAUUUGGAAGUUUUCAAGGAAUCGUAAAAACAACAGUGCGUAAAGGCGUGUUUUUACUAGACUUGAUUCGGUACUACGAUUGCCACCAUUAAGUAUGUCAAGUACAUCUCGAGUAAGACAAUUCUUUACGAACUGUCGUUUAUUCGUUUUAUAGUUCAUCGUAUCGUAGUUUACAUUGAAAGAAUAUUCAAUAAAGAUGGUACUAUUCUAUUAAACGCAUUAAAAGUUAGCAAUGAAAUACC